GGAGAGUGCUGGAUUCUGCAGAGCGCUAACGAACACGCACACUACUGGCAGCCGACAGAAUACCUUUCUGUUCGAGAACGCAUCGCUGCAUUGGAUGACAGUUGGUUUAUUUUUUUAUUCUAUGUAUUUAUUCUCAGAACCAGAUGGGUUGUUAUACCAACGCGUGCUGUCUCCCCAAAUAUAACAAUAUCGACGGAAUGCUCGCUCGAACAGCCACCCCAGCGCGUCCUCCUUCAUCAGAGAAUGCCAGCGGAACGGGCGCUUCCAUUCAAGACAUUAACUGUCUAUUUUCGGAUACAAAAUCCUGGGGAGCAGGCGAGCCCUCUGAGCCACAACUUAAAUUUAUGUGAGUUCUCCCAACUUCAAAGCAGCGGCGGGGUGAUGUAGUUUGGCGUGGACACGUCGGCGAUAUCCGUGCAGCUGCGGUCUCUCCAUCCUCGCCAUUGGAAGGAAGCAGGUCGUCUGGUUACAGCUUAUUCUGUGGAAGCAUCUACGCGAUUUGAGGAAGGAAGGGAGAGAGAGAGAGUGUGUGUGAGAGAGAGAGAAAGAGGGAAACGGUGGCGAGAAUUAAGUGGGCCACCUAUCGAUUGAUGGUUUAUCUCUGUAACUCCUCCUGCGACAGCUGAAGAGUGCUGAGAUCACGUGGGCCAAACCCACCGGCUUGAGAUACAUAUGACCCAGCGAUGGCUAUAUAAACCGGACACUUGUCCGAUGAGAGUAUCAGAAACUGGCCAUUCGAGUCCAGGUCUUAAGCAGCUGACGGGAUAGCACGCUUUAAACAGCCGAGUGCACACAGUUGGUCACCAUGUCUCACGCCUGGGGAUACGCGCCGCAUAACGGACCGGACACAUGGGCUAAAAACUUUCCCCUCGCCAGCGGACCGAGGCAGUCUCCCAUUGACAUUGUUCCCAGCCAGGCGCAGCACGACCCCUCUCUGAAGCCGCUGAAGCUGAAGUACGACCCGAGCACGGCCAAAGGCAUUCUCAACAACGGACACUCCUUCCAAGUGGACUUCGACGACGACGCUGACAGAUCAACUCUGACAGGAGGCCCGAUCUCUGGGACGUACAGACUGAGGCAGUUCCAUUUCCACUGGGGGGGCCGUGAUGACCACGGCUCUGAGCACACCGUGGGGGGCACCAAAUACGCCUGCGAGCUCCACCUGGUGCACUGGAACACCAAGUACCCCAGCUUUGCAGAGGCCGCCAGCCAGCCUGAUGGUCUCGCUGUGGUCGGGGUUUUCCUCAAGAUCGGAGCAGCCAACCCCCGGCUGCAGAAGGUUCUGGAUGCCCUGGAUGCCAUCAGGACUAAGGGCAAGCAGACCACCUUCUCCAGCUUCGACCCCACGAUCAUGCUCCCUGGCUCUCUUGACUAUUGGACGUACGAUGGGUCCCUGACCACUCCCCCUCUGUUGGAGAGUGUCACCUGGAUCGUUCUGAGGGAGCCAAUCAGCGUCAGCUCCGCCCAGAUGGCUAGAUUCCGCAGUCUCCAGUUCGGCGCUGAGGGGGAGGCUGCGUGCCCCAUGGUGGACAACUACCGCCCCCCUCAGCCGCUGAAAGGCCGCAAGGUCCGUGCCUCCUUCCAGUGACCACGCCCUGCCACGCCGCCUACCCCAGCACCCCCACCCACCUCAGGCACCGACCCCCAGGUCCCGCACCCCAGCCCCAAGCCUACCAGCUGCAGCUGUCUAAGAAAUCAGUUCCAAAAUAAAAGCUUGCUGGGACCUUCUUUGCUGUUCCCGCAGUGUGACGCUCACCAAAGCCAUUAUUGUGGUUAUUCUGACUCAGUCCUGGUCAUUCUGUGUGGCUCUGAGGGGAUUUUUUUUUCUUCUGUUGUUUAGUUUUAAUCCGGUCUAAAUCUGGAGCGACAGAUUGACCGAGCAUUUUUUAAUCUGGUGCCAAUUUUUGUAGAUUGCUGUGUGAUUCCGUGGAUCUCCUUCAGAGCUCAGUAAAACGAAACAACCAGCGGAAAUCAGAAUAAAUAAAGGCACAGAUAAACAAAACCACACAGCUCGUGCCACACCACCCCCACGACCCCCACGACCCCCACGACCCCUGCCCCAAGAUGGUGGCGCUCCUGUGCUUUGUCCAGUUCCAUAAUCUCUUACCGCCAACACCAGGACUCGCGCGGGAUUAACAGUACGCAGCAGCUAUUGGUUAACGCUGUGCCAUACCAGCACCGCUUGGCCUUUUCAAAUGAUUCCCAUCCUCCCUUCCAGCUCUUCCCUGUAGUACAGCGCACCUACAGCGCAUCACACAGUAUAUUCACAAAACCUCCACGCUUCGUUUUUUUUUCCCUCGUUCUCAUUACUGCCUCUUACAGCUAGAAUGGUGUUGAUGCUUUAGUCUGGCAGCCUGCUGGAAAUGAAAGAAAAAAGCGAGAUUUCAGUGAAUCCUAAAUCAAGUUUUGUGACUUAAGGCCCCUCUGCGCAUCCUUGCUGUGUCUUAAAAUAGCGAGAGAGUUUGUUAUCAAAGAAGUCAUGAGCGGCAGCCUGCCAGGCUGAUGCCAACAGGGCACUGCUGUGCCAGGCUCACAGGAAAGCACAUCAUCGCUAUGACGACGUCAGGGCCUCGGAGAGCGUCACUGAGCAUUUUGGCCGCUAUGUGGACCGGCAGAGUGCGUGUAAUAGGGGCUAGCUUCUUCAGCUCCCUGGUAAAGAUUAUCCUUCAGAUGUCUUGUUUUUUGUGGACAGACAGCCGUUUGUAAGCGAAUCAAGAGGCACAAUAUUUAAUAUAAUUACCGAGCAAUAUUUCAUAAGCUGCACUGGGUGUGAAUGGCUUCCUUUGUUUUUGUUAGUGCUGUGGCGUUUUGAGAGGAAGUGAGAUUUUAUCCUUUAAAUAAAUAUAUUUUAAGAUUA